UUAUUAAAACAUUCUCGUCAUAGCAAUCUUCUCAAGUUCAAAAUGCGCUUUGCUUGAAUUUAUUGUUCUCUAUAUUUUCUUUCUGUAGCUUGCCGAGCGAAUAUGGAUCUUGGAUUCCUUAUCGACAGCUCCUACAACUUGCGACGAGUAGGGCGCGGAGCUUUCAGACUUCUUACACGUUACAUUGCAAGACUUCUUUACACGCUUCGCAUUUCCACUCAAGAGACCCGAGUCGGCAUGGUUACGUACGCGUCAAGACCCAGGCUCCUGUUCCGCUUUAACCGGUUUUUCAGGGCGUCUUCCAUGUUGUCGGCCAUACGAAGAAUUCGCCUUCAAAGGGGUCCUCUUAGGAUAGGAAAAGCUCUGUACUACGCUCGUAGGUACCUGUUCAGAAGAAGGCGUCAAUGUGGACGCAAGCGCGUUCUCGUGGUGUUUGCAAGUGCACGCUCAGUAGACAGAGUGCAAAGAGUGGGACGCGUUUUAAGGCGCAUGGGAAUUGAAGUGUUCGUUGUUGGCUUUGGUAGACGAUUUAGCAAGGCGCAGUUAUUCAAAAUCGCUACAAAUGGGCUGCACGUGUUCACGGCGACGCCGAGGACGUUGGCUGCAGUUCUGGGCGCCAUACGAGCUAAAGCAUGUUCAGUAACCGGAUCAGCAGCCGCCAGAGCUAUAUUCCCAUUUAACGGUGUGACAAGAGGACGAGAUAUAAGCAUCAACCGCAACACUGCUGCAAGACUUGUCAACGUCAAGCCUGCACCAGGCCCAGACGGCCUUCCUCUUGGAUCGUACUAUCUCCAGGGCAUCGCAAACAGCUACAUAUACUUUCCCAACAAGGGCUGCCUAGAUACAAAGAAUUCCCUCACCAUAGUGGUGUGGGUCUACCCUGAGGGCAGCGGACCGAUCUUCCACUUCUUCCCUCGCGGCUGGGGGGUACAUCUUUGGAUGAAGAAUCCGCGCACCCUACUGGUGAAGUUCGUGCCUAGGUCCUUGCAGACCAUCAGCGUUGUUACAAGCCGGCGAAUCAAACCGAAGGCCUGGAACUACAUAGCGGCAACCUACGAUUACGUCACUGGUUUGGCCACUCUGUGGAAUGAUGCCAUACCUAUAUCUCAGAGGAAUAUUGGAAAGAUCCAACUGGCGACUAACUACCCAGCUAUAUCAGGGAAAAAGCCAAGAGAUCGAAAGAUUUUCCGUGGCCGGAUAGCAUGUCUUCAGAUUUACGAUCGAGCAUUGAAUGGGAGACAACUCGGAGCUCUGAAAAAGAAGUGUUUCAGAGCUCGACCCACGCCUACUCGUCCACCACCAGCUCUUCCACUUCUAGUCGCUGUUUAUCCACUGGACAGAAUUAAUGGCGGCCGUGACAUCAGCCCACGAAAAUGCCCGACCGCAAGGCGAGUUGGCGUGAGAAUCGCCCCAGGUCCAGACGGACGAAAAGACGGAUCCACCCAAUUCUAUGGCAACCGCAACAGCUACGUCGAAAUCCCGAACAACGGCAAACUUGACACCGUGGCCUCCAUUUCCAUUCUGACCUGGGUUUAUCACGAGGACAUCAAAGGUCCUAUCGUCAACUACAGACCAGGUCCCGGAUGGGGCGUUCACUUGUGGAUGGUUGGACCACGCACGUUAUUUGCACGGUUCGUCCGCAGGGAUGGAGUGUUUACCAAAGCAGUGGUCGUCACGAGCAGAAAGAUACGGUACAGAGCCUGGAAUUACAUCGGUGCUACAUACGACUACAAGAGUGGUGUUGCCAAACUAUGGGUGAACUCGAGGUUGCUUGUGGUGAAGAGUAUUGGACGAUUCCGAUUGGCUACGAACUAUCCAAUCAGAAUUGGUGCGCGUCGUGGUGACAAACGGUACUUCAAGGGAAGGAUUUUCUGUGUGCAAAUCUACAGUCGUGCGCUAAACCGGAAACAAAUUUUGGCGGCUAGUAAAACGUGCUUCAGGCCGUUGCCUACAACUAAACCGAUCCCAACCACGACACCAAAACCGAUAACGAUACCUACAAGGCCGCGAGGUAAGAUUAAGAUCCAAGACCGACUAAUUAAUGCAAGGGAAGAACUGGUUGAACGGGUAACAGAAGUCCUCUUAACAAUUAAGGAGACUUCUGUAUCACCAAUAGGCUAUUUCCGAGCUACCUUGUGUUUCUGUUUCAAAACGAUUCUUCGUGCAAAACCUUUCAUGUGAAAAUUAGUUUGAUUUGCGGAAUCGGAACUGACGUAUUAAGGUUAUUCUCCAGUAUUGCAUUGCGCAUCCUUACUGCGCAUAAU